CAGAAUUCAUGUUAUUAAACCCCAAACAACUGUUAAUACUAUUAGCGAUAGAAUACGAGUUUAAACAAUUAGUUUUAUCAUUUAUACCGGGUCGUUAUGAAGGUUUGAUUUCUUUUUCUCACAACACUGCUCUCUGCGCUGCUUUUUAACUGUUUCCGGUGUCUUCAAAUUGCUCAACUCCGUUACCGAAUACAUGGCUAAAGUUCACGUGCGCUGCUAACAGCAUGGAGGUAAAGGAGGUAGAGAAGUUUUGCUGUGUGGUCAAGGUGUUUGAGGCUUUUUCAGAAGAGAAACAUGUGAGCUGCAGCGGAGUUAUCGUCCAUCCUCAAACUGGGACAGUGAUAUGCACCGGCGUCCCGAUUUCCCGUUUUACCACCGACAAGGCGCCCCUCUCCACACACCGCAGGUUCCUGUCACCGCAGAGCUUCAGUGACAAACUUAAAAUCCGUGUCAGCUUUUCCGCUGAGCGAGAUUCAAACUCCGACCGGGCUGCACGGGGAGAAGCAUCCUCACCCUCCUCCAGGAGCAAAACAACACCUCAACGGGAAAUUGAAGCUGAGUUGCUGAUGCUGGUGAACUGCCUGGAGUUCAAACAAGCCUUCCAGGCAGUUUUCCAAGAGGCUGACCAGUGGCGUUUCCAUGGUGAUAAAGAAGAUGAGGAGCUGAUCAGAGAUGCCCAGUUCCUCAGCUGGUUUGCUGUACUCAAGGCGAGUGUGGUGGCAGACAGCAGCCCAGUUGCAGGGACUAUACCCUGGCAGAACAGCUCAUCUCUCAAGAAGGGCUUCCCUGUUGUUGCAUGUGGCUCACCUUUCGGCACCCUCUGCUUGGAUCUCUUCAUCAGCACCCUCAGCAGAGGCAUCAUCAGCAACCUUGCUGGAGAGGACAACGCUGUCAUUCUCACAGACGCCCGUUGCUUGCCAGGCACAGAGGGUGGAGGGUUGUUUGUGGUGAAAGGCACAGACAAUGUGCGCCUCGUUGGAGUGAUUGUGUCUCCAUUUGGUUGGAAGGCAAACGAGUGGAUAGGUCUCACUCUGGUCUGCUCCGUCCACUUGAUCUUCAGGAACAUCAUUCGCUGCAUGAACAUUGAAAAUCCACUCAGAGAUGUUUGGCUCCAUCCAGGGGAGGCAAGCCUCCUCAUGUCCACUGCAACCCAUGAGUCAGAAGCUUUUAAAGGCCCCACUGUGUGCUUUGUGGACAGUGGACAGUGCUGGGGCUCUGGGGUCGUUGUCACCUCUCAGCUGGUGGUGACCUGCCGCCAUGUUGUCAACGGGAAGUCGACUGUCACCCUUAAGUUCCAUCACAGGGACAGAGUCCAUGAUGUUGUGGGUGAUGUGCUGUUUUCCACCAAAGCCUCUUCACCGUAUGAUUUGGCAUUGGUGCAGCUGAGAGACUCCGCCACAGAGGCUGUGGUGCCUCAGAUGGCUCAGAGUUACAGUCCAGGUGAAUCUGUAGUCGUGGUGGGAUACGGUGGGUUGGGUCAGCGAUGUGGUCCGUCCCUGACCUGUGGUGUCCUCUCUAAAGCCAUCAGCUUGAAUAACCAGCCUGUCAUGCUUCAGACCACUUGUGCAGUACAAGCAGGGACCAGUGGAGGUGCUGUGGUGCGGAAAUACUCAGGAGAGCUGCUGGGUAUCAUCUCCAGCAACACAAGGGACCUGGCUGCUAAAGUGACCUACCCGCACCUCAACUUCAGCAUCCCAGUAACUGUUUUCCAGAGAUUGUUGCAGCACUUUCACCAGACCAGCGAUGUUAAUGUGUUCAGGGUGUUGGACACCACAGACCAAGAGGUCAGCACAGUGUGGAGGCUCCAGGGUGCACAGAGCAAACUGUAACUGAUUACCUCUGCACCUUUAGAUAUGCCAGAGAAAAGGAUCGGAUUGUUAAAUCAAUAUGGAUUAUUAUGCAAAAUCAUGUUAGAUAAUCAAAUUACAACUAUGUGAAAUUAUUUAAAACCAAUCUUGUAUUUUAAAAAUAUAUGAUGUAAUAUGUUUCAUAGCUCUGUUUGCUGCAAAGACAGGCAUAAAGUCUGAAGGAGCAAAUGAAACAAGAAUCAUUAAUUCCUAAUGUUAAUACGCUCAACCAGAAUCAUGCACUGAACUGAAAUAUUUAUAAGACUACUUGAUGUUAACAGCCAAGUUAAAGUUACUUUAAUACCUCCUGAGAUUGUUUUAUCGUGCUGUAAUGUACAGUAAUGUAAUUAUACGAAUAAAAUAGUUUAUUCUGGUGACA